AUGGACAACCCGCGACAAAUCGGCGACUUGGCGGACGAGCUGAUCAGUGACAUACUCUCAUUUCUUCUAGGGCCGGAGCCUUUUACGAGCGGAAUCUCUCCCCUGAGCUCGCCGAAUCUGUCGCAGAGCAGCAAUGACACCCGCGUUGAUAGCUAUGCCCAUGGGGAGCGAUCCGAUCUGGACAGGUUCAGGCUGGUCUGCAAGCGAUUCAUGCGAAUCGGCACACCAAGGAAAUUCCGCCGGUUCGUGCUACGUUUCUCGCGGGAUGGGUUUCAGCGACUAGAAGAUCUGUUGAGCAUGCAGCUGGCCUGUCAUGUCCGAUAUUUUACGUACAUGGUGCGGCCUUUCUAUGAAGGAGACGGCUGGUCAUAUGCUCUCAAUGAACUGGACCGAAUCAAUCCAACGGUAUCCAAUGUACUCAGGUGCCGGUUGCAGGACCAACACUACAUUAUCCAGGAGAACCGGGAUAUUCUUCUGCUACGGCGCGCAAUAGCAUCGUUCUCAACUCUUCAACAAAUCAAGCUACUCCGGCUGCAAGACGAGGCGGACGAAAUUCUCGUCCAACAUAUUCGAAGACGCGCUCGUGCGGAACCCGUCUCUCUGGAGUGGGAACCGGCUUGCACGCGAGCCGUGACGAGCCUUUCGAUCUCACUCUUGGAAUCGAAUUGCGACACGAUUCGGUUUGUUGGACCACAGAUCAGUCCUCACGCCAGUAUCAGGCUAUUGCAAACGCCAGCCACAGUUCUUUCCGCGCUGGGUGCUCGUCUGGUCAGCCUUGAUGUGACCUUCCACAUGUGCACGGGGAAUAUGGCUAGUACCAUGUCAAAACUGUCGGGGGUUUUUGCAAACUUCCUUCGAGCAACCCGGAAUCUAACAGCCAUUCAUCUGGGGUUUCCAGCGAACCGGCCACCGGAACUCUCCCUCCACCAGGUCUUUCACCGCGUGCACUGGAAACGACUCCAGACUUUCAGCCUCCAAGGCUGGCGCCUUGACGCCGAUGAGGUCGUCGCGGUGCUCCGUCAAAACAAGCGACAGCUCCGCGACAUUAGACUUACCAAUGUCUACAUCCGCAACGGCCGCUGGCGGGACGUGCUGUCGUUUCUGCACGACGAGCUGGAGCACCUGGAGCACAUAGAUCUGCACGAGAUCAACUACGCCCGCCAUCUGCCAUCGGAGAGCAACACGAUCGACGACGGCGGAAACCACACCAUCGCCAACAGCAAUGGCAAUGGCCAUGGCCAUGGCGCAAGCGUCCAUGAGUCCAUCCCCGCUCUCGCCAUCGUAGCCGACCUGCCCCUUUCGCCUUCGGAGCCAGCCGGCUUCGACGCAGAGUACAUAUCUCUCACCCCGCGAGGCACCGGAAGGCGAUCCAUCCCCGAGACAACAAGGCAGAAGCUGUAUGCACUCACUGCGGAGGACCUGGGGGACGACGGGAUGGCCGUGCGGCGGCAGCAAAUUGUACUCUGGGAGGCAUGGGUUCUGUCGAGCGCACAGCUUUCGAAUGGGCGGACCUGA